UAAAUUUUGUGUUUUGUUUUUGAUAACGAGAUUAUAGCCAGAACAUAAGCAGACGAACGAUGGCGUCUACUGGUUAUAAAGGAAAACGUAUCAAAAUGGAUUGCAAUAGUAAAAUAAGACAAUCAGGGAGUGUGUGUUCUUCCAUUAUUUUGUCACAAGAAAAUCUAUUGGAUACAAGUAACUCAACAUCAUGUAAUAAAUCUUUUAGCUCAGUCCCACUCUUAGAUAUGUUAGCUGAAGUAGCAUCUGCAACUCUGAAAAAUGAUCCAUCAUUAAAUACUAAUGAAAAAGACAGAAAUAUUCAAAAGAAUGCUUUACAGAAGACUUCUACCAGAGCGCAACUGAGAAAAACUCAUCACUCUGAAUAUUUAACUCUAGAUCAGAUUCGUGUAUUAUCUGAUAAAAUGCUUCUUGAAAUGUUUUCUGAAUUGAUUUCUGAUGAGAUUCGAAGAAAUUAUUCUUACAAAUGCUUUUUAAUGCCUGAAAAAUGUACUGAAAGUUUUUCAAGUUUUGGAAAUGAAAAUAAAGCUCGUCUUCAAAUGAAAGGUCAUCUUCUUACACACAUAGCUGAACUUCUUGCUGAAGCAAAUGCUCCAGGAAAAUCACAUAGAUUGAAAUUUGUAGCUGAACCAUUACAUGUUAGAAAAAAGAGAUUACUUGAAGGAAAUGCUAAGAAAAGAAGACAACUAAAACAAGAAAGAACAAUGAAACGUAGUCGAAUGAAUAAUGUAAAAGAUUCCAUUAAAACAAUUUCUGGACAGAAUAAAUCCUUACAAGACACAGGAAAAUCUAGAUGUAAUUAUAAUUUAUCAUUUAGGAGGGACCACUGUGAUUCAAGAAGGAAAAGAAAAAAUAAAAUACAAUCUGGACAAACAGAUGGUGGUAAUGAUGACAAUGAUGAUAAUGAUAAAUUAUCAGAUGAAGAUGUCAGUGAAAUGCUAAAUCCUAUGAAAAAAAAAUUAACUAAACAUGAUAAAUCAUAUACAAAGUUAAAAUCAAAAAUUUCAAAUGAUGAAUUAAAUGGGAUUCUUAAAGAUAAAAAAUAUUCAGUUUGUUUACAAUCAAAUAAAAAAUUAAAUUUGCAAGAAAUUAUGCCGCCUUCAAAUAAAACAGUUGAAGAGACUAGUAAGAAAAGAGGUAAAGGACAGAAUAAUCAGCAUUCUCAGAAUGAUGUGUCUUGUGAUAGUGGAACACAAAUUGAAAACUGUGAGCAAUUUGAAAGACAAAAAUCAACAAGAACCCAUAUCAAAAUUAAUACAGAAGCAUCAUUACAAACAAAUGAAGUUAAUAUCAGUAUUUCUGAUGAUAGUGAUUUAAUUAAACAAAAAGAAGAGUAUAUUCAAAAAUUUAAAGAUGAAAAAAAUUCAAAAACAUAUCAAGUAGAUACUUUAGAACAGCCUCAACACGAUCAUUGCUAUACUACUGUUUUAGGAAAACGGAGAGGCAUUGAAACACUUCAUUAUGAACUCUCUUCGUCAGAAGAUGAAGAUAAUGCUAAUGAUACAAUAUCUGCAAAUUUAAAAAGUGAAUCACCUAUUCAUUUAAUAAUUUCAACUCCUUGUUUUCCAUUUAUAUUUACACCUUUGCUUCCCAAUAUUUCACAAGUAUUAGAAGUUAGUUCUGAAAAUGUUAAUGAUGAUAACUCAAAACAAAUGGUAAAAGUGUCAUGCGCACAAGAUACUGAAGAAAGUUCUUCAUCAGUUAUCCAGAAACCUAAACAAACUCGUAUACGUAGAAUUAAUAGGAUUAUUAUUGCUGAAGAAUUGAAAUCAGAUUCAGAAGAGGACAGUGAAAAUAUACCAUCACUUGUUUCAGAUAAAAUUUCUACUAUUGUUGAACAUAAGGAUUCAACAGAUAAAGAAAAACAGACAACAUCUGACAAUUCAAAAAAUCAUAAUGUUGAAGGAACUCCUGAAUGGGAAAAGAAAUUAGCUUUGAAAUGUAUUAGGGCCUUGCGUUAUAAGAAAAAAGAAGACCGUGGUCCUUUACAAUGCAGAAUAUGUAAAGAUAAAAAGUUUACUGCUCAAGCUACAUUGAUGUAUCAUUAUAGAAGUCAUGCUGGUAUAAAACCAUUUACAUGUGCUGUAUGUGGUGCAACAUUUACAAGGCAGCAUAGUUUAAAUUACCACAUGCUCAUACAUAACAACAAAAGCAGAUUUGCUUGUAGUGACUGUGGACGAAAUUUUCGCCAUCCAAGUCAUUAUAAAGAACAUUUGCGACGACAUACAGGAGAAACUCCUUAUGAAUGUAGUGACUGCACAUUGAGAUUUAAAACAAGAAAUACAUUUAAGCGACAUUUAAAAACAAGACAUGGAAAAAUAUUAACUGCACAAGGUAUUGUUAAUUUAACUGUAGAAGAAUUUUAUAAAGUUCGCACAACUCCAAGAAGAAGAAUACAAAAAUCUCUUCAUGUAAGAAAAAAGGAUCAAGAAACACAAUGGCCUGAAAUAUAUACUGUGAAUGAAGAUGAUGAUGACGACGAUGACGAUGAUGAUGAGGAACUGAAUGUUAACAAAACACGGUGAUAUAAAAACAUUAUAAUAAAAGUUCUCAAUUAUGUAAGCAAAAUAAAUUGAUAAGUUGAGAUAGUUAUAUGCAUAACAAAUUAUGUAACUUUUAUAAUACAAGUAUGAAAAGUUUCUUUUGUAUCAUUGCUGGAUUGAGAUACAUUUUAAAUUUUCAGAUCAUAAUUAUAUAAAUAUAUAAAAUAUGCACAAAACAUGAUAAAUUUAUCAGUUUAAGGCAAUUUAGUAUAUUUGUCCAAAUUAAAAUUAUAUAUUAUUGUGUAAUCUAAUUUUUCAUUAAGCUAAUUUUUUAAUAUUUGUUUUAUAUGCACUCAUAUAAUUUAUAGCAAUUUCUCUCCCCUUACAUAUAUAUAUAUAAAUAAGUUAUACGAUUAUCUUUAUGAGAGAAGAUUGCUUCCUGUAAUGUAUGUAUUUAUGUAUGUAUGUAUAUAAUUUUAUAUACAUAUAUAAAUUUUAUAUACAUAUGUAUAUGUUUGUGUAUAUGUAUGUAUAUUAAAGAAAAUAGCAAGCUGCAAGCUCCAUUGUUUCCUCUUUCAAAGAGGAACAAUUUCCUCAUUUCAAAAGUGAUAUAAUUGUAUAUAAAGAUAUUAUUGCGGCUAUUCUUGUAAACUAUAUGUUGUAAAUUUUAUCAUCGUAAUUUUGCACAUUUUUGCAACUGUUUAUACAUGGUAGUUGUAAAUCAUGAGAAAUAUACUUAAGAGACUCAUUUAUAAACUUUAUUUGAAAAAAAUAUUCCUUCCUUGUAAUAUAUUCAUUAAAUAGCCAAUUGUACAGUGCAUUCCAAUUAAAACAAAAUUACCAAAGGUAGAUAUUAACUCAUAAACUGAUUUUGUCCAUUUGAAAAUAAUAAAAAAAAUAAAUAUUAUUUAAUAUAAGGAACCAUGAAAGAAUAUUUUGUAUAAUAUUUUUAUACAGUGCAUUCAUGUGAUAUAGUGUCAUAUACAGUGAUUAGUUUUUAUCUAAAUUCAUUACAAAAUUAUUAGAUAUAAAAUAAACCAUAAGAUUAGAAAAUUCAAAAAUGCUCAGUGUUUAUUAUCCAAUGGGACAAAUAUUUAAAAUUAAAAUUAAUUCAGAGAUUUGAAAAAUAAUGCAACUUCAUUAAAUGUAACCAAUGAAUUUUAUGUAUAUGGAAUAUGUGUAAUUAAAUCAUUUUGAUACAAUGCAUAAGUUUAUUUCUAACUUACAAGAAAUGAUAAAGUAUUUAAUGAGCAAGCAAAUACAAUAAAAAGUUCAAGCAUUUGAUGCAUGUUAUUCAGUUUCAUAGCUUUUAUGAAAUGUAUUGUUAAAGAUUAGUAUCCAAUAUUGUUAAGUUUCAAGUUCUUAAUUAUGUUAAAAGCAAUAUAAUGAAAUAAACUUUAAUAGUGUGAUUACUUUAAGUUUUAAAUAUUGUGCCAAGAAAUUUAAUAAAAAAAAUCUGAGCAUUUUCUACAUCUUGAUUUGAAUAAUAAUGAAUUUAGAAUUUUUUUAAAAUUACCACAAAUUGACCUGAAUUGAAGAAAUUCAGGAUUUUUUCAGAAUUUUAUCAUAUCAUUAACUAUAAUUUAAAAAAUGCUUUUUUGUAUCUAAGAUUUUCUACUAUUAAAAUAGCAUGUUAAAAUAUAAAUUAAUUUCAUUUAGCUUCAUUUUAAUAUUAACAGUUUUAAUAUUGUAAUAUAGAAACAAAUUAGCCAAUAAGACUUGUAUUAUUCCUUUGAAAAAAAUUUUUUUAAUGUGCAAAAAUAAAGCUGGCUGAAUUUAUUAAA